AUGAAAUUCAUAUCACACAAUGCGGAGACCAUCUCCCACAAACGCAAGCAUGCCCGGCGCGCUUGCGAGCAAUGCCGAAGGGGUAAAAGACGUUGCACUCACACGCUGAGCCUUGAUCCUCAUGCGAUUGAAGUUGCCGAGACUGCUAGUCGUCCAAGAUCGGCAAUCCGUGGACAACAGGAAAAUUUAGAGUAUGACUCUGAGCAAGGACACGGUCUAGCGAUAUACUCUGGUACCCCAGAAAAUGCCAAGUCCAUUCCACGCUCAAGGCACUCAAUCGGUGAGCUGCUUGAAGCAGCACAAUACAGUAAUCAGGAGGGCCAUCACGACUCUAGUUUACGCGCUUCCAGGACGUUCAUUGGCCACCUGAAUCCAGAGACUGUUUUCCGUUCUGCUACUAGUCCUGGAACGACUACACGAGGACAAUCUAGUCAGAAUAGUGUAGGGACAUGGCUUGUCGACAGUCUCGGAUCCACUGGACGCGAAUCAGAGAAUCUUACCACUAUGCCGAACAGCAUAUUCUAUAAUCCAAGCCCAGCAACUCAGAAAAUGCUGACAUCUCUGUUUGAGACGGAAUUUCUUGCUGUACUACCGCCAACGCCGUACCUCUCUCAGUUGCUAUCAUUCUAUGUGGAGGAAAUUCAUCCUAUAUUGCCGCUCAUUGAUAUCAAAUCUUUUCAAGGGGAUAUUGACCGCAACUCCAAGGUCUUGCUUUCACAGGCUAUGUGUCUACUUGCUUCAAUGAAUCCCCAGUGCAAGUCGCUGUUGUACCUGCCAGAUGAGAACGAGCCACUUGCACCUCGAAUAUUCGGCCGCCGUAUCUUCUGUGCUAUGCGCUGUGCUAUUGACUUCGGUGCAGUAACUAACAGAAUGGUGCUAAUCCAGGCACUAGGUUCAUUAUCCCUAUUCACUGAAGGUCCAGAAGGCCCCGAAAUUGCAUCGCAGCUCUGUGCUAAGAUGAUACAACUUGUCCAAACACUUGGUCUUCAUAUACAGAGAGGGUCCACUUAUGAAGAGGAGUAUGAAGUGACAUGCUUUUGUUGCGCGUGGGCGUUGGAUCGACUCAAUGCAGCAAUUCAUGGGCGGUCAGUUCUUAUGCAUGAGAGAGACAUAGGAAUUGACGUCGACAAAUGCUUUGAAAGCCAAAAGCCUGCGUUCAGGUUGUUUUUAUCAAUUAUUUCUCAAUUAGAUCAAGUCAUUGAUUUAUAUCGGCCACAUGCAAUGUCGAAAGGUGAUGCAAUUGAGUUGAAUCAUCCACAGUUUGACGAUAUGGUCGUUUCCGCUCAAUGUACCAAUCUAAAUGCCAGACUACUCAGUACGAUUGAAGUAUUUUACUAUGCAGUUGCCAUACUUUCAUGCCGAAGUACACACAAACCCUCAAACAAUCAUGUCCGACAGAUUUAUGCCGCCUCCAAGAUCAAUUCUAUUCUUGAGCAAGACAUUCAGAAUCACAACAGCCUACUUAUCUUUCUCCCAUUUAUUCCAUACGCAGUCUCGCUAUCACUUAGCAUAUCAUACAAUCAGAUGCGUCAUACCAAAGUAGCAAUGUAUCGGUCACGUGCACGGGAAGAGCUACAGUCUACUUGCGACUUGUUAGAGAGGUUGGGUACACAUUUCUAUGUUGCUUCUGCUAUGGCUAGCAUGGGCAAAGCGACGGUGGCAGAAUUGGACCGAGUUUCUGAGAAUGUGCUUCGAGAAAAGAAUUCCGAUGACCCUUCUCACGACUCUCAACGGCGGAUGGGGACUCAUCCUCGUAACGACCAACUUGUCGCUGCUAGUGUACCAGAGGGCCCUGACAACUUAGAAACCACGAACUAUGAUCUGCCUUCUACUGUGAAUGAAUUCAGCAUUUCUGACAUUGAUGUGUUCGAUAUGUUUGAUCCUAACUUUGGGCUUGAGAAUGUCGAUGCUGUUUUUCAAAACAACCUUGAUCUGUCCAUGCCUAUGUAUCUUCCGUUCUAUGCUCCAAGAUCUCAAUACGGCCAGAUGGAUGAAAACUUUUCUUGA